AUGUAUGAGAUUGGGGCCGACGGUGCUAACUCAGCUGUGAGAAAUGCUAUGGGCGUGCAAUAUGUAUCUUGGAAGUAUGACCACACGGGAGUUGUGGCUACACUGCAAUUAGCUGAGGAGUCGGAGAACACUACGGCCUGGCAGCGUUUCCUACCAACCGGUCCGAUAGCCCUUCUACCACUAAACUCGAAGCAAAGUUCUCUCGUCUGGUCCACAUCUCCCGAACACGCUAAAGAACUGCUCAACUUGCCUGAGGAGAGAUUUGUUGAUGCCCUCAAUGAUGCUCUGUGGAAACAAUACCCCCGAAGCAAAGGCAUAGAUGCCUGUACUGCCUGGGUUGGGUCUAUACUCCACCGUUUGGGUCUACCCGAUGGCGCUCAAAGGCAGCUCCCCCCCAGCAUAUGCGAAAUAACUCCCAAUUCCAGAGCUGCUUUCCCCCUUGCCUUUGGACAUAGCACUAAGUAUAUUGCACCCGGUGUAGUACUCAUUGGUGAUGCGGCGCAUCGCGUCCACCCACUUGCAGGUCAAGGGGUUAACCUUGGAUUUGGAGAUAUUAAGGAUUUGACGGAACUGCUCACUGAUGCUUUAUACUCUGGAUUAGAUAUAACCCACUCAGACUGGAUGCAAAAAUACGAGACGACCCGCCAACGUCACAAUGUGCCCACUCAAUUAUGCGUAGACGCCCUAUAUAGGCUGUAUGCGUACAACAUACCUCCGUUUGUUCUAGCCAGGAGUAUAGGCCUACAAAUCACUAAUGCCCUUCAUCCAGUUAAGAAGCUCCUAAUGUCCCAUGCUACAACAUGA